AUGCAUCUCCCUCAAACGCAGCAGCUGGAGGGAGACGAGGCAUUAGCUCAGCGCCCACCAGUGCGCCCACAGCACCCAAAACAGUCCGCUGAAGCUCCGACUAAGAACGCUACUUCUACGACUACUACUACUACUGCAACCACCACUGCCGAACCAAUGGAAGAAGAAUGCUGCGAUUACUACUACGAUGCCAAAGACACCGAUGACCUGAUCAGCUCCUCCUGCUCCCCAGAAGACGGGAAAACAGACCCCCCACGGGAAACGUUUUACAUUUCAUCGUAUCAACGAUCUUUUUCCUGGGCCUCGAAUCUCUCCUUUGCGACUCUGGACUCUGCAUCUCUCACCACCACUACCACUUUAUCCACAGACGAUAAUGCUUCUUCCAUCACGAGAAGAUCUUCCUCUGCGAGCCUCACUUCUGCUCGCUUACUCAAACUGAUGAGGCCUUUUUCGCGCUCGCAGGAGCGUUCUAGCAGCAUAUAA